ACCCCACAGCCCGCCCUCCAGGCACCCUCUGACAGCACCAAGAUGGCGCCGGGUGCCAUCGGGGCUGGACGCCUCCUCCUCCUCCUCGCCGGGCUGCUGGCGGCGUUGGGGCCGUCCCCCACGUCGGCCAUCCACGUCUACACCCCGCGGGAGGUGUACGGCACCGUGGGCUCCCACGUCACCCUGUCGUGCAGCUUCUGGUCCAGCGAAUGGAUCUCGGAGGACAUCUCCAUCACGUGGCACUUCCAGGCCGAGGGCAGCCGCGACAGCAUCUCCAUCUUCCACUACGCCAAAGGCCAGCCCUACAUCGACGACGUGGGCUCCUUCAAGGAGCGCAUGGAGUGGGUGGGCAACCCGCGGCGCAAGGACGGAUCCAUCGUCAUCCACAACCUGGACUACACCGACAACGGCACCUUCACCUGCGACGUCAAAAACCCUCCCGACAUCGUGGGGAAAUCCUCCCAGGUCACCCUGUAUGUCUUAGAGAAAGGUACGGCCGUCCACGGCCCCACUGCCACCCCAUAUUGCUGUCCCCAGCCCCGUAUCAUUGUCCUCAACCCCAUAUCAUCGCCCCCAUCCCCAUAUCAUCGUCCCCACACCCAUAUUGUCCCCACCCCCAUAUUCCUGUCCCCAUCCCCAUAUUCCUGUCCCCACCCCCAUAUU